GUUUUGCGGAUGCGCUUACUUUUGCAUCGCACGUAAUUGCUGCGCACUCUAAGCAAGCAUGUGGGUUCUGCGGCGAAGGAUACUAUCAGCAUGCAUAUCAGCAACAUUUGAUGGAUUCCAAGCUGCACCCAAAGUGUUGUCAAUGCAGAGUUGGUUUCGAGGACCCUGUCCGGUUCGACGAGCACCUGUGGACGUUCCAUCCGGAGGGCGGAUGCAAGAACUGCCAAGUUCAUUGUCGUACUACCGCUCACUUGCAGCAGCAUUACGACGACUCGCCUUUCCAUCCCGUCUGCGAGCACUGUGGGUCUGGAUUCGUGGAUACCACGGUGCUUUCCAAGCACGUAGACUGUGUUCAUCUCAAUGACGGAGCAGCGUACUUCCAGCAAGGCCGGCCUAUUGGCUUGAAGGAUGACAGUCUCCGCACGCAGAGUCCACCUAGUCCAUCGGACCUCAGCUCGUUGCUCGGCCAUCGCUCAGACUCUCUCGGCUCUGAUGACUCGACCAUCCUGAUGUUACCUCCAUGCGCGUGCGAACGCAACUCACUACACGAGUUUGUCGACCGCCCAUCUGAUCCCGUCGGGUCUCCUUCGCGGCCACAGUCAUGGAGAAACACGCUGACUCCUGUAACGGAGGCAUCUUCUACCGCAUCGAGGGCACCCUCGCCGUGUCCAUCCGAAUGGUCUGAUUACACAACGGAGCCCGCAGUCGUGGCGGCGACUCCAUCGGUGUCAGCGUCGAUGGCACCAAGCUCUCCGCAACGCCGUCAAUCUCCUAGUCGAAGGACAUCUCUUUUCGGGGACGCAUCGCCGUCAGAGGCGGAUCAUCGCGGAGCGAGGACACCCACAACGUCUCGUGCAUCGCUUCGAUCUAAAUCAAGCGCAAUCCCACAAUUUCCGUCUUCUAUGCAAGCUGUUGAGCCUGUAAUGAGCGGGCCUCCGCCUCGGAAAGCCGUAAAAGCCCGACGUGCACAGCAGGUCCGGGAGAACGACCGCGUCGACGUCUCCUCAGCUAGGAGGCGUGUCUUCUGUUAGGUCUCCAAUAAUAACUACAGACUCCGAGACG